CACCAUUCCAACGUAUAUAGUUGAAGGCUUGAAGUACACCGUGCUUUAUAAUAUACGUUCUCGAUAAUUUGAUAUCCAUGGCAAAGAAAAAUUACACAAAAUUCCUUGUGUUCUUUGUUCUAGUCAUUGUAACAUUUUUUCAAUUUGGGCAUGGCUAUCAAGCCCAAAGCUUAUUAAGGGCCUCCACUCGCUUUGCUACUACAACAAAUUUUCAGCUACUUGUCAAUAAUACCGCUAGUGGAAAAGCAUGGGAAAACUCAAGCACUGAAGAUGCUGAUGGUGAUGAAGAUGUGGAGUCGUAUUCAGGCGAUAAUACAAGUGCAGAUGAUGAUCUCAUCGUCGACGGCCUUCCGGGACAGCCAUCGAAAGAGAAGUUCAAGCAGUAUGCAGGCUAUGUUAAUGUGAACAAAAAGAAUGGGAGGAACCUUUUCUAUUACUUUGCCGAAGCUGUCGACACUCCUGCUACUAAGCCUCUCAUUCUUUGGCUUAAUGGAGGGCCUGGUUGCUCAUCACUUGGAGUAGGUGCCUUUAACGAGGUUGGACCUUUUGGCGUCAAUCCUGAUGGCAAAACUCUUUAUGCUAGGAAAUUUGCUUGGAAUAGAGUUGCAAAUGUGUUAUUUCUGGAGUCCCCUGCAGGAGUUGGUUUCUCUUAUUCCAACACUUCGAGUGACUAUAAUACGUCAGGAGACAAGAGGACUGCUCAAGAUGCUUACAAGUUCAUCAUCAAUUGGUUGAGAAGAUACCCAAAUUACAAGAACCAUGAUUUUUAUAUUAUUGGAGAAAGCUAUGCAGGACACUACAUCCCACAACUUGCUGAUUUAAUUGUCACGAGAAAUAAGCUGCCCAGAACAACCAUAAAGAUCCAACUCAAGGGAAUCAUGAUAGGAAAUGGGAUACUAAAUGAUGACACCGACAUUAAAGGACUUUUUGACUACUUAUGGAGCCAUGCCCUAAUCUCAGAUGAAACUCAUCUAGGGCUGCAAAAGUACUGCCUUACAAACUCUAGCAGCAAAGAAUGUUCUGACUUCUCGAAUGCAAUGGAUACAGAGAUCGGAGAUAAUAUAGAUCCUUACAACAUCUAUGGCCCCUUGUGUUUGGAUUCUAAUAGUUCUUCAACUGAGAUAAAAAAUAAAAAGAUUUACGGAUACUAUCCUUGCGGAAGUCAUUAUGUGAGGAAAUACCUCAAUCUCCCAAAGGUGCAAGAAGCCUUGCAUGCCAACACCACCAAGCUUCCCUUCCCUUGGAGCACGUGCAGUCCUGUGAUUACGCAAUGGAUAGACAGCCCACCAUCAAUGAUCCCGAUAUAUAAGAGGUUAAUUGCAUCUCGUCUUCAAAUUCUCAUGUUUAGUGGUGAUGUGGACUCAGUUGUGCCCGUUACAGCUACUCGUUAUUCUCUAGAUGCUAUGAACUUGAAAGUUUUGAAGACCUGGCAUCCAUGGAACUAUGGCUCCAAGUCCACACAAGUGACUGCCGGAUACCAAGUGAUUUAUGAAGGUCUAACUUUUGCCACGGUGAAAGGGUCUGGCCACGAAGUUCCGAAGAAUAAACCGCAGAGUGCGUUUGCUUUGCUCAACACCUUCCUCGCCAAUCACAAACAUUAGAUUCAAUUCCUCAUCGUUUGCUUGCUGAACGCAUGGCUUAAUAUAUUGUUUUCAUCACCUAAUUUAUGACGGAUUUUAGAACUUUGUUUCCACUCGCAUUUACAUUUCCUUUUCAUGUUGAAUAUUUGUUUAUCUCCUUUGGCGUGGAUAUAGGAGAAAACACGUUUGGCUCUUUGCUUAAUUGGUUCUUAUACACUAAUUUUCGUUAAAUAAUUAGAUUGACG